AUGGAGUUUUUUCUGGGCAAUCCUUUCAGCUCUCCGGUCGGCCAGCUCAUCGAGAAAGCCACCAGCUCCAGCCUGCCCUCAGAAGACUGGGCUCUAAACAUGGAGGUCUGUGACCUAGUGAACGCUUCAGAGGAAGGGCCCAGAGAUGCUGUCCGGGCCAUAAAGAAGAGAAUUGUGAGCAACAAAAACUUUAAAGAGGUUAUGAUGACACUAACUGUUUUAGAAACAUGUGUAAAGAACUGUGGCUACAAGUUCCAUGUCCUGGUCACUACACGGGAUUUUAUAGAGGGUGUUCUGGUGCGGUCAAUAAUCCCCAGAAAUAACCCCCCAGCGGUGCUACAUGACAGAGUUCUGGGAAUUGUGCAGGCGUGGGCUGAUGCCUUUCGCAGUUCGCCAGACUUGACAGGUGUGGUUGCGGUGUAUGAAGACCUGCGCAGAAAAGGACUGGAGUUUCCCCCAGUGGAGCUGGAAGGAUACAGCUCAAACCAAAACCACAGAGAGACUUCUCCUGGGAAUGGGCCUACUGUCACUACUCUGCACACUGGUCUUAUAUCCACCAAACUCCCACUGCAGCCACAGAGCAUUCAGCUCAAACACGCCAAAGAGGAGAAUAACACCUUCACACCCAGCCAGGUGCAGCAGCUGAAGAUGGAUUUGACGGUGGUGAAGGGUAAUCUAACCACCAUGUCUGAGAUGAUGAGCCAGUUGGACCCGGUCACAGUGAAGCAGGCUGACACAGAGCUGCUGGAGCAGCUGUACAGUGUUUGCAAGGAGAUGAAGGUGAGGAUCGCGAAGGUGGUUCCCCGAUUGAGUGAAGAAAAGCUGAUCGAAGAGCUACUGGCAACCAAUGACGAGAUGAACACUGCCUUUAGCCGCUACCACAGGUUUGAAAAAAGAAUAACAAAUGGCCAACAUGAAACACAAAAGGAGCAUACAUACGUCAACCUCGCAGACCUCAAUCUCACGCCGGAGUCUGGGAUCCAAUCAGGAGCAGCGUCUGCAGAGAGCGACGGCUCCCUCAGCCAAUCACAGUCUGGCAGCCUGUGCGGCCAGAUAGCUAGGCUCAGUACGAGUGAAGCAGAAGACCUAGACACACUUUUGCACAGGACAAGUGAGCAGAAUGAAGUUGCAGUUGAUGCCUUGACCUUGGCCAAUCGACUACAUCCAAGUGGAGCUGACGAGAGCCCCGCCUCCACCAACAGCUCCUCUCCAAAGUUAGAUUGGAUGAUUAAGAGGGGAAUGAUUCCUCUAAGCCAAGCUAAUGUCAUGGACGAUAUAGAGAAAUGGCUUUCACUGGAGGAUGAUUAUGAGGACUAUGAAGACUCAGAUGGUGUUACCAGCGAAGAGUUUGACAAGUUUUUAGCAGAAAGAGCCAAAGUGGCAGAUCGCCUGCCAUCCCUCCGAUCGUCCUCGCAGGACCAGAGCUCGUCAGAGUCCUGA